CAUUCCAAUUAAGUCAUCAUUUCAUCAACUAAUGCAAAUAAGCAAAAUCUUCAUCUUCCUUCCUGGUUCCUCUCUAUUGUCUCAACUUUACCUCCCAAAUACUAGCAGAGAUAUUCCCUUCAAAAAAAACACAAAGAAAAAAAUACUAGCAGAGAUAGAAAAGUUGGAAUCUUUACUCUUAUCUCUCUUCAUUCCUCAUUCCUCACUCAACCAUAACUCCAGUUGCAUGUCAAUUGCAAACUUGCAAUCAAACAACUUUUUUGUUAAUUGAAUUCGUUGAUUAGAUUUCUGGGCACCUCCAAAUUAACUUCAGUGGGAUCCAACUUUAAAUUCACCAUGCUUUAACCGCCAAGGUGGGAUCCAUUAGUGGUGGUAUCGGAGCCAAUUUUAAUAUACUUCCAUUUGUGGCGGCAAAUCUCCAAAUUGAUUUUUUGAUUGAGCCGACUUUCAACAGACAAGUAUUUUUGGUAAUGGAUCGCUCUUGGAUGUAUGGUAAACGCGACACACUUGUGUACUUGAACGGGGUUAAGGAGUUCUGUAGACAUGCCGAAGAACACCAAAAGAGUAGUGGUGAUGAUCAAAUUUAUUGCCCUUGUCGUGACUGCUUUACUUUAGAGAGGUUUAGUGAUAUUAAAAUCAUAUAUGAUCAUCUGAUUCGUCGUUGGUUUUGGCAAGCAUACCAUGUGUGGUUACGACACGGUGAGAAACUAGUUUCCAAGGAACCUUUUAGUGAAAAUGAUAUUCAGCAGGAGAGUGAUGAGAGUGAACCCGAGAGCUGUGAUAAUAAUGUUGGGGAUGAAGACAAUGAUUUUGAGGAAGAUCACAUGGAUGAGAUGAUGGACGGGGUAGGAGAUCAUUUGAAUGAAAUCAAUGAACAGGGAAGCAAACGAGGCAGGGGUCCGUCAAAAGGGGUUCAAGUCAAAGAGCCCAUGUUUCUUGAGUAUGAUGAACUUGGUCAGCCUGCGGGUAAGUGGGAGCAUGUGUGGGAAGCAGCUUGGCUACAAUGCUCUUAAAAUUAACAUUAAUGUCAAGUCAUAUCGAAUAGUGCCUGAAGCUGUCAAGAAAACAUUCUGGGAUGAGACAAAGGCUUUGUUCCAUAUUGAAGAUGGUCCCAAAAGGGAAAAGGAAAAGUUGUUUCAUUCUGGUGUAGCUCGCCGAUUCAGAUGUUAUAAAUCUAGGUUAGUUGGUCGUUGGAUUUCUAAGACAAGGAAGACUCCGGAAAAGAGUGCUCACAUUAUGCCCUGGGAGGUUUACAAGGGUUACAUCACAAAAGAGGAUUGGAAAUUUUUUGAAGCAGAUCAUACCACUAACGAGGCGAAGGCUAUAAGUGAGAAAGCAAGGGAGAGUGCGAAACAUAACAAACAUCAUCAUCACUUGGGGCAGAAGAGUUACAAGAGGAGCAAAGAACAGUGGAUCAAGGAUGGAAGAUGUCCCAAUGACACUGAUGGAUCAUCAUCUAGUAGAAUUGCUAAAUGAGGCCUAGAGUGGAUUUUGGCAAGAGAAGAGCGUGAAGGAGGAACUUGGAUUAUCAAGAAUGAUGAUACACGGAAAGAUGCCAAAAAAUAUGAGGAAUACAUGCAGCAACCGACCCAAGGGACUUUAAUCCCACAACGGAAUGUGGAUGCCUUGUGCAUGGCUCUUGGGAAAGAAGAUCAUCGUGGCUUUGUCUGUGGAGUUGGGGGACUAAACAUCAGCUAUCGAAAGGCCUUUGGCAAGCCAGACCGGAGGGGCACUGGAUUGAGACUCAAUCAGCAGUCAAUGGAGGAAAUCAAGGAGGAGGUCAAAGCUUCCUUAAUGGAGGAAUUUGAACAGAAGUUGAAAGACGUGGAGAGCCAGGUCAGGGAGCAACUACUCUCCAUGAUGCAGCAGAAUGGCGGUCUAAAAUUUCCCGAAGACUCCGACUUGUCCCAAACCCCCGGUUCUGAUCUACCACCACCAAUGUUGAAGGAAGCUACAUCAGAAAACAACAAGUCUAAUGGGAAGAGCAAAGAAAAACUUAACAUUAACGCCCUUAAAUCAGGGGAGUCAGCCACCAAUGUCAAAGGACCUAUACAACAAGUUAGGGAAGACAUACUUGCAUCGGUUGGUGAGAAAAGUAAGCUCUUGAAUUUGCAACAUGUCAUGGAGAGUCAACCCGAGCUUUAUGGUGUCACGGCAGUUCACCUGGAUGCUAAGGUGUUCCACUUCGAAAAAGACGCUGAAACUUUUGUCACAGCGGAGGAUAUUACCCUAUUACUUAGAGGGGCAAGGCUGAACAUUUCCGUUGUUCAACUCUUCAUGAUGUUUCUGAUUGACCAGUACAAAUCUUCAUUUGAUUCGUCACAUAUUGGGUUUCUUUGUCCCGAAAGAAUAGAAGCAUCAAACGUCCGUCACCACCAUAAAGUCACCUCAAAUUACAUGAGCAACGUUUUCUUAUCCAGUAGGGAUAGGGGUGAUGCCGGAAACCAACUCAUAUUGGCCCCAUAUUUUGAAGAGGAGCACUGGAUGCUCAUCGUUAUUAACCUUACAUGCGGCAAAGCCUUCAAGUUCGAUUCCUCCAAGUCUGAAAAGGAGCGAUCUUUGACCAUAAAAGAUUGUUUGGAUAUGGCUUAUAACGUCUAUGAAGUUCAAGGUAGGAAGGGGCGCAGCUCUAAACUGAAAUGGUUUUCUAUUAAGUGUGCUCAACAAACCGGAGGUGCUGAGAGUGGCUAUUAUGUCAUGAAAUUUAUGCAUGAGAUAGUCACAAUGUACAAUGACUGUCAAAAUAUGGAAAAGGAUUACCAAAGAGGAGAUGAGCCCUACAAUGAUGAGGAAAUCAAUGAGGUUCUAGAGCAAUGGGCAGUCUUUUUUGAAGACAAGUAUUUGGAAAAAUCUUUUUAGUAAAAUUCUUCAAAAUGAUUGUGCUGUUUAUAAUGUUCUGAUUGGUGAGUUAACCAAUAUGGUGAUCUAGAAACUGUUUGACAAGAUGUGAAAAGAAGACAUUCCGUCAGACCUGAAAUCGGUUUAUGUGCUUAUUGACUGUCUAAUCAUGGCAGGGAACUAGAUUAUGCUUGACAGCUUGAGACUGUUUUCAGGAACUAAGAUUGCAGGAUCAUGAUCCAUUUUUGCCCAUAUAUUACAACCUUAUGAUCAUAGGCGAAGAGGGUCUGGAAGGAUAAGUGAUGUUCUCAUUCUUUAAAGUGAGCAGCCUUUUUCUGUAACUUAAAUUGCUGCAAAGAAGGGUUAUUAACCUGGUUUCAUGACUUGUAUUCUCACAAUUGCUUGAUACUGCAGCAAAAAAUCGCAGGAAUGAGAGAGGAAUCAGGAAACCUUUAUGAUGAGUCUAGUGUAUUUACAUUUAGCAGGGAAGUAUAGGAACUUCCGAUAUCCCCCACCAUUUUCAUGCUAAUGAAGCCCCAAAAUGGCUGGGACUUGUAAAUUUCCGGUUUCUAGAACCUGAGCCAUUUCUGUGCUACAUAGUUAUUUAGUAUAAAUGUACUUCGUAUAAUGCUUUUGUUUGAUGGAUCACACUUCUCAAGAAGCUAAAACUAAGUAGCAUUUGUUUACCAUAUAAA